AUGAGUGCAGAGUUGACUAAGGGCGAUUUUGUCGCAAUAUUCACUAACCAGCAGCGGUACCAGGAUCCUGCCAAUGGUGUUUAUCAAGUGAUUAAUAUCCGCAAAGCUGAUCCAAGCAAGCCAAACAAGAAGUUUCUUAUUAUGAUAUCUGACGGUGUGUACCACAUGAAGGCGUUAUUUAAAGCCGAUGCUAUUCCAAAGCUUCAUUCAAUGAAUAUUGACAGGGGUGACAUUAUCAAGACUCUGAGAGUGGAACCAUUGUUGAUUAAGGAGAAGAAACUUGUUCUAGUUAUUGAAGAUUUUGAUAUGGUCCAAUCUGGAGCAGAAGUAGUUGAUAGCAACACUCAAUUUUUGGACAGUGUACUUGCUAACAGAUUGAAUGAAGUCAUCGCCGCUAGAAAAGAUCCAAAUUCCCCAUUCCCACAACAGCAGCAACAGGUAGAUUCGAGCUCUAAUGUUAAUGGUAAUGGUACACUAGGAAUGCCAUCAUCAACAACUGCAAUUGGUAAUGCAACAACUAGCCACAACAACAAAUUUAAUGAUUCUGCUUCUCAAAAAUCAAGAGCAAUCUUUGCCAUUGAACAACUAUCACCAUACCAAAAUGUUUGGACUAUUAAAGCUAGAGUUUCUUAUAAGGGUGAUAUUAAGACUUGGCAUAAUCAAAGAGGUGAAGGUAAGCUUCUUAACGUUAAUUUCCUGGAUACCUCUGGUGAAAUUAGAGCUACCGCAUUCAAUGAUAAUGCUACUGCUUUUAAUGAAAUAUUGCAAGAGGGUAAAGUUUAUUAUGUUUCAAAAGCGAGACUACAACCUGCUAAACCUCAAUUUACCAACUUGUCUCACCCUUACGAACUGAAUUUGGAUAGAGAAACUGUCAUUGAAGAAUCGUUUGAUGAGAAUAACGUACCAAAGACUCACUUUAACUUUAUUAAAUUAGACAAUAUCCAAUCUCAAGAAAACAACUCUAACGUAGAUGUUUUAGGUAUAAUUCAAACUGUCAACCCCCACUUUGAACUAACAUCUAGAGCUGGUAAAAAAUUUGAUCGUCGUGACAUACAGAUUGUUGACGAUUCUGGAUUUGCUAUUUCCGUGGGUCUAUGGAAUCAACAAGCGCUCGAUUUCAAUUUACCAGAGGGCUCUGUGGUAGCUAUCAAGGGUGUUAGGGUAUCAGAUUUUGGGGGUAAGUCGCUAUCUAUGGGUUUUAAUAGCACCUUAAUUGCCAAUCCUGAAAUUCCAGAAGCUUAUAAAUUAAAGGGAUGGUACGAUCAGCAAGGUAAAGAUCAAGACUUUACAUCAUUGAAACAAGAUGCAGGAGCAGGAACAACUUCUGCAGCAAACUUAGCAAAAUUCAUUAGUCAGCGUAUAACGAUUGCCAGAGCAGAGGCUGAAAACCUUGGAAAGAAUGAACGUGGUGACUUUUUUAGUGUUAAGGCAGCUAUCAGUUUUAUGAAGGUAGACAACUUUGCUUAUCCUGCUUGUUCUAAUGAAAAUUGUAACAAAAAAGUCAUUGAACAACCCGAUGGUACAUGGAGAUGUGAGAAGUGUGAUAUUAAUAACCCAUCUCCAAGGUGGAGAUACAUUUUAACAAUUUCUAUAAUAGAUGAAACUGGUAACCUAUGGUUAACAUUAUUUGAUGACCAAGCUAAACAGUUACUAGGAGUUGAUGCAAACACUCUCAUGUCCCUGAAAGAAAAUGACCCAGAUGAAUUCACAAGAACUACUCAAAAUGUUCAAAUGAAUCAGUAUGACUUUAGAAUUCGUGCUCGUGAAGAUAACUACAACGAUCAAACUAGAAUUAGAUAUACAGUUGCCAACUUGCAUAAGUUGAACUUCAAGGCUGAGGCAGACUACUUGGCCGACGAAUUAACCAAAGUAUUCCUUACAUAA